AUGGCACUAUCGUAUGUAGAUGUUCUAUUGCACGCUCAUAUUCGAGAUUCGAUUGCGUCCGAAGAAGUCACAGUAGAUGUCCCAAGUGACGGCCUUUGUGGGAAUCAGCGUACUCAUUUCUACGAGACUUACACCGGUGUUUUGUCCCUCCUCGAUGUUGGGCCAAAUCCUGACCAUGACUACGGGAUAAUCUUUGUUAAUCCAUUCAUUUUUUUGUUAGAUGGCUGGGCUCCCGAUACAACGCAGACUAGCCUCUUAGCCAACCUCACCCGUCCAGCAUAUCUCCCACCGGCUGUCAAACUUGAAAUGGAGAGUGUAAUGAAUUUCCGAGAACAAAGCGCCGAUUUCCUACCCUGGGACCUACAGCCUGACCUCCUCUGGCCUACCUGCGAAGUCGUCAACACAAAUAUAAGUACGGCUUCUGGCUACAACUUUAUCUGCCGCUGUCGGGGAGAUCUAUUUGACUCCGGCCAGUUCUCCCUUCCAAUUAGCACCUGCAACCACUCGAACAUCGCACCCUUUGUAGCAAUGAACGGCAUGAACCUUUAUGGCAAUACGGAUACCCUGCGCGGAACCUUUAAUGAGAAGUCUGCAGACUUUGAAUGGAUCUCAAGGUUUUAUGGCUGUUUCACAACGGAUUCUCUCAAACAGCGUUCUACAUACUACUGCGAGGAUAGAUUCUCGCAAACUGGCACUUUCACCAUGAAAUUCAAGGGCAACGUCGAUGCUGAGAACAGCCAUCAGAUGGUGCUAGGGCCAGGAAACAAUAUUUCCUGGGUGGAGGAUCCGAAGAAGUCGAAUGUUACCAAUUUCUGUGCUGCGGCGCUAAAUGAGGACCAAAAUGUGACUCAAACUGACGAGGACCUGGGUAACACCGAGAUUGCCAGGGAAAGCAGAAAGGCAACACCAACGGCCUUCCUCGAUAAUGAUCAUAUGGCGAUAUUAGGUAUUACCGUGCCGGCCCUCAAGAAGCUUGCGGUGCCAUUUGUUUGCGGUCUCAUCGCGUUUCUGUCACUCAGCUCGCAAUAUCUGUUCUACCACCUCGAGCCGGGGCCACUGACGGCAACAGAAGCAGCAUGGUUCAACUCUCUCGUCUUUUGCAUAUGGUAUACAUAUGCAAGAGCUUGCCGCGUUGAUCCCGGGAGACUGCCAAAGAGUUUGACAGAGGGUGGUGCGCAAGAUGGGGCAGAAACGGCGAAGGACGCGGAUGCACCGGCGAAUGUCCAACGUGCCGGCAAGUGGUGCAAAAAAUGCGAUGCUGUGAAGCCUCCUAGGGCCCAUCACUGUCGUCAGUGUAAUCGCUGCAUUCCAAAGAUGGACCAUCACUGUCCAUGGACAUCCAAUUGCGUCUCGCACACCACCUUCCCUCACUUCAUUCGUUUUGUAUUCUAUGCGGUAGUAUCUAUGGGAGUCCUGGAGUACCACCUCUUCAACCGCGGCUACAUCGUCUACCAAAACCGCAACCUGCCAUCCUACCUCGGGCCCUCCCCCUACGCCCUAGCUCACCUAGUCAUCCUCUUCGCAACUAACUCCCUCGCCCUCUUCAUCCUCCUCGUCCUUCUCGUCAGCGCCGGCAACUCCCUCGCCAUGAACACCACCAUGAUCGAAUCCUGGGUGAUCGAGCGCCACGAGUCCCUCGCCAACAAAGCGCGCUACCACGGCGGCUUCGUGCACGGCCCCGGCGGGCGCAGGAUCCGCAUCAGGAAGCAGGAGUUCCCCUAUGACAUCGGCAUCUGGCAGAACCUGGUCCAAGGGAUGGGGACCCCGAACGUCCUGGCCUGGUUCCUGCCGUUUGCGGGCGACCCGGGUAAUGAGACCGGGUGGGAGUUCCCGGUUAACGGGUUCGAGGACCCGGAUGUGACAUGGCCGCCGCCGGAUCCGGAUCGUAUGGCGCAAGAGCCGUGGACGAGGGGAGAGGGGGAGAGGAAGGAGGGGUUCUUGCACGGGGAUGGAGGGGACGAGGUGCAGGAGUUUAGGAGGCGGCAGCAGCUGGAUUAUGAGAAGAGGGGACUGGUUGGGAGGGGUCUGGAGGGGCGUAACAGACAGGUUAGUGGGGCGCCAGGGAGCUAUGACUGGCUUGAGCUGGAUGGGGAGGAGGAGGGUAGUGAAUACGAAGGCCAGGAUGAAGACGCGGGUGGGAGUGACGGAUGGUUCAAUUCUGAUAGAGAUAGACUGAGAGACUACGGAGUGGAUGAGGAAGCGGAAUUGGUUGAUUGGGAAGAGGACGACGAUAUUCCUCUUGGCGAGCUACUGAGAAGACGGCGUGGCCGUGUAGCUGAGGCUUCAUAAUAGCAAUGUAAUAUCAUGGAAUCUGUUUCUUUGUCUCUACUUCUGAGUAACUAGCUCAUUAAUUGUAGCCGUGAGUGAUUG